UAUAGAAAUUGUGACUGAGAAGUAAUUUUCUAUAAAACAGAGCAUGAGUAAAUGUCUGUAGAUGUCUUUGGGAGGAUAGGACAGAGGUCUAAGUGGCUAUAGGCUCAGGCUCUGAAUCCAGACAAACCAUCCUUGGACAUCAUAAUCAUCAUCAAUACCUCAUGCUGCUUUUAUACAACAAAUUCACAUUAUCCUAAUAACCUGAUCCUAUGUUUGUCUCACCUUAAAGGUAAUCAUUGGCUAUUUUCUAAGAUCUUGCAUCACAGUUUCAUAGAUUUAUAUGGUUAAAAGGAACAUCUAGAAUUCAGUUUCUACAAGUAAGACCUAUAUUUUAAAAUAUUCUAGAGAGAGAUAUAUCCAUGUGGCUGAGAUAGGUGUCCGAACAAUUCAUGCUCUCUCUUCCACAGCAUAAAAUAUUACCUGGAAACCCAGGGGUUAUGUUUCCCAGUUUCCUUGUAUCUAGGUGUAUAGUUCUUGCUUCUGUUAUAUGUGCAGAAGUAAUAUGUGGCACCUCCCAGACAAAAGCUUUAAGAAGCUCCUAAUGCCCUCAUCUCUCCAAGUUCCCGGAAAUAAGUUUUCACUGAUUAGAAACACCCGCUCAGAAUGUUAAAAAGGUAAAAUACACUCUUAUUUUCUUAACAUUCACAUUUUAGUGUUUGUUGUAGCAUCAAGUACCUGUCUUAAAGAUCUCAAAUCCCAUAACUUCCCCUUUAAUGAUAUAUUCUGAGACAUCAAGUCCUUAAAGUUAAAAGACAACUAAAGUCCUACAAGGGCAAUGAAGCCAUCAAAAUAAGACUAAAGUAUAUUUCAUGGGCAUUACCACCACUCCAAUAUUGAAAUUAUGCUUGCUUUGUUUAAGUAUCUUGUCAUUUUUACACUUAUUUCCGUAACAUUCAGAAAUAAGGAUGUAGGUUGAAUUGGGUUGCCCAGACCUAACCUCCAGUAUCUGAGAAUGUGACCUUAUUUGGAAAUAGGGUCUUUGCAGAUGCAACCCAGUUAAAAAGAGGUCACAAUGGAUUAGGGUGGGUCUUAAUCCAAUGACUGGUGUCCUUAUGUAAGAGGAAAAUUUGGACACAGAGACACAGGAAAGAACACCAUGUAAGAUGGAGAUGGGGAUUAGAGUGGUAUGUCUGUAAGUCAAAGAAUGCCAAGGAUUGUCAGCAACCACCAGAAGCUAGGAGAGAAGUAAGGAAAAGAUUCUCUGUCUGAGGCCCCAGAAGGAAACCAAUAACUAUUGCCACUUUGAUUUCAGACUUCUUGCCUCUGUAACUGUGAGACAAUAAAGUUCUAUUGGUCCAAGCCACCCAAUUUGUGGUAAAUUGUUAUGGCAGCCCUAAGAAACUAACACACACAUUCUUAAACAUAUUCUAGCACAGACAGUUCUUAAUCUGAGAUAUAUUUUUCAUUGAGAUAAAGAAACAUGGCUCAUUGUGGAAUUCUUUCUAGGUCCUCAGCAUUCACUCUGAAGUCAAGGUACAAGAAAAGUCUAAGGUCCCUGUGCACGCUGAAACGCUGUUACAAGACAGACCAAACCCCUCCAUUCGUCUUGCAAACUACAACUUCUGUAUUUCGCAUUUUCCUCUUAAGGAAACGCAAAGCAGCACAGUGCGCAGGCGCCCGGGUUGAUGUGCCCUGGGAAGAUUCCAGCGCAGGCGCGCGGGCCGGGAAGUGGGCGGGCUCGCGCGCGUGCUCUGAGGCUCACUUCCGGCCGACCCCUCCCCCUCCCCCGCGUUACCACCUACCCCUCUCCCUUCUCCCCAGUCUCUCCCCAAAUCUCCCCACCCCUAGCGCUCUCUGCCUCGCUCGCCUCCUGUCCUUCCCCUCCCGCUCCAUCCGGGUCGCUGACGGCUGUCUUUGGACUGGACAGCGGUGGCGGCUGCUUUUCUCUCGGGAACCCAGUAAAGUUUCACAGGAGCCGAGGAGCGGAGCAGCGGAGCAGCUUCACCGACGCCGGAGGAGCUCUAGUUUUCGCCUCCUCUGGCUGAAGGAGGAGGGUCCGGGAGCUGGAGACCUGCUUCAGCUGCCGCGUUUCUUCGCUCUCCGGGGAAGCGCCGCCCCCCGUCGGCCUGGGCUUCCCCUGCCUGGAGGGGCCGGGAAAGGCUGGUUAAACCCCGUGCUCUGGAAUCGGGAGUGUUAUUCCUAUCCUCGCCUUGAAAACAAAACCAAAAACAAAAACGGGAGACGAUGCAGAACUCUCGGGAACUGUCGAGUUCUGAUGCCCCAAAAGAAUGAAAUCAAACUUUUCUUAAUGGAUGGGUCAUGGAAUGAGAUAGCUUCAGCGUUUGCUAGCCUGCACGUAAAAAAGUUCGGUUUUGAAACAGGUUUUGUGUAA